UCACAGCUUGAAGCCAAUCCCUCCCUCCCUCCCUCCCUUCAUCAGAAAUGUCGCAAAAGAAAAUGUCUUUGAGUCGCAAACAUCACCUCAAGAGUGUGAUGCUGGCCAUCGCCAAGGAUCACCUCGAGCAGGAGGCCCGGGAGCGAGAGGAGCAGCGGGCACGCUACAUGGCUCAGUGCUGCCCCCAGCUGGUGAUUCCCAACACCGUGCAAGAGCUACAGGAGCUGUGCAGGGAGAUUCACCACAAGACGGACGUGACGGACGAGGAGCGCUACGACCUUGAGGUGAAGGUCAGAAAGGCUAACAAGGAGAUAGAUGACCUGAAGAUCAAAGUGCAGGAUGUGACGGGCAAGUUCAAGAAGCCCACGCUGAGGAAGGUGCGCAUGUCGGCCGACGCCAUGCUCAAAGCGCUGCUGGGCUCCAAGCACACCGUCAACAUGGAGCUCAGGGCCAGCCUCAAGCAGGUCAAGAAGGAGGUCAAAGACGAGGUCAAAGAGCUGCGCGAUGUUGUGGACUGGCGCAAGAACAUCGAGGACAAGUCGGGCAUGGACGGCAGGAAGAAAAUGUUUGAGGGCGACGCCUAGAACAUCGAGGACAAGUCGGGCAUGGACGGCAGUUUGAGGGCGACGCCUAGCGUCCAACUCGACGCCCUCUCAUGGACGGCUCGCCCCAACACUGGCCGUGGCUACGUGCAAAAAUCUUUGCUCGUUAACCACGGGAGCUUCGAUGCGAUUAAAAAAAUCAAAAAAAUCA